AUGAACAUUGUAGGAAAGCUGAGUUUAAUGAUACCGUGGAGUAUAUUCUUGCUUCAUUCACUGCUGUCCUCUUUGCAAGAAGCUGAAAUCCAAACAAAACCCAAACUAGGCAAUGUUCCUGAUCCCAUUGAAUUAAAUGGAUCUAUGCCAUCAAUAUCAAUCGAAGCAUCAAGUUGGACAAAUGAGUUUAAUGCAACUCGACAGAAAAGGGAUCUUGUAACAGCCGAGGUUCAAGCUGCCUCUCGUUUGCACCAUCAUGGGGCCCUGGUGCGCAAUCCACCAGGAGGUUCAUGUCCUCAGGAAUGCCUUAAUGGAGCAGCCUGCACAGAGACAGGUGACUGUGACUGCCAGUUAUUUCAGGCUCAAGGAAGCAGGUGCCAAAUUGUACCUAACACUGGUAAGGAUCGAGAUGGGAUUUGCAAAUCGUGGGGACAGUAUAAUUUUGAAACAUUUGAUGGCAUUUACUACUACUUCCCAGGAAAUUGCUCCUAUAUAUUUGCAAAAGACUGCAGUACUCUGGAACCCCAGUACACUGUUUGGGUUCAUAACAGUCCUCAAUGUUACAGUUCAGUAUAUACUUGUCAUAGAUCCAUCAGCUUAUUUUUUUCAAAUCGAGAAGAAAUAAUGAUUUCAGGACAUGAAGUAAGAAAAAAUGGAAUCAGAUUAACAUUGCCUCAGACAGUUGGAAAUGCUUUCAUUGAGAGGCUGGCUGACUACAUUUUGGUGAAGACUACCUUUGGUUUUUCUCUUGCUUGGGAUGGAAACUCUGGUAUUUAUAUUAAGCUGACAGAAGAUCAUAAGGGAAAACCUUGUGGCCUUUGUGGAAAUUUUAAUGGCAAUAAAUAUGAUGACCUGAUACUUCAAAAUAAUGAAUAUACAGAAGAUAUUGCUGAAUUUGCAAAUAGCUGGGCUGUGCAAGCUUCAGAUGAUAUAGCUUGUGUCCCUACUGCCUCAGAUUUUUCCAGUCCUUGCUCAGCCAAUGCAGAAUCCACUGAGGACAUAUUCUUCAAGUGCCAAAUAUUCCUACAGUUUCCUUUUCUCAGCUGUCAUGAAAGUAUAGAUCCGUAUUCUUAUAUUUCAAGCUGUAUGAAUGAUCUUUGCAGAAUGGAUGAUGAUGAAACGUACUGCAGGGCAGUGACAGAGUACGCUAGAGCAUGCUCUCACGCUGGGUCCCCGGUGCGGGACUGGAGGGAUGACUUUCCUGCCUGUACUGAGAAGUGUGAAGACAGCUUUGUUCACCGUGACUGUAUCAGUUGUUGUCCACCAACCUGCACAUUUGAAAAAGAUUGUCUUGGUAGCAACCUGCACUGUUUAGAUGGCUGUUACUGUCCAGAUGGUCUCAUUAUGGAAAAUGGAACUUGUAUCUCUUUGUCGAAUUGUCCUUGUAUUUAUCAUGGAACUGCUUUCCCUGUAGGAUCAAAAAUUGAACAAGAAUGUAGCAACUGUAUUUGUGUUGGUGGCAUUUGGAAUUGCACUGAUCAUGAUUGUCCAGCUGAGUGCUCCAUCACAGGCAGCUCUCAUUUCACAACAUUUGAUGGACGUCAUUUUACCUUUCUUGGGAUUUGCCAGUACAUUCUGGUAAAAGGCACUGGAAAAAACAAAUUCACGAUCACUUUACAAAAAGCACCUUGUGGGCAGAACUUUGACCACGCCUGCAUUGAAUCUAUAACACUAGUUCUUGAAGAUGAUGUGAGGAAACAAGUAACUCUCACCAGAUAUGGUCAAAUCCAAAGUGUGCCCAACCAAGUUUUUAAUCUCAAUGGGGCUAUUGAAAUUCAGAAUAUAUCUUCUUUCUUUGUUCAACUGAAAACUAGUUUUGGUUUGAAGAUACUGUUUGCUAAAGAUGGAGAGAGGAUCUAUGUUCAAGUUGAUGUCAGAUGGAAGAAAAGAACAUUAGGACUAUGUGGAACAUACAAUGGAAAUUUAAGAGAUGAUUUUUUAUCUCCAGCAGGGAUGAUAGAAGGAACCCCACAACUUCAUGCCAAUGCAUGGAAAGUUUCCUCAGCUUGCUCCAUGCCUAUCAAUAUUCCUGUGGUUGAUCCUUGCAAUGUUAAUCAGCAAAACGCUGGGUAUGCAUCUCACUGCGAUAUCAUCAACCAGGAUGUUUUUGCUGCCUGCCAUGCCUACAUUAGUCCAGGGUUAUACUACCAGCUCUGCCGCUUCGACGCGUGCAAAUGUGGAAGCAGCUGCUUGUGCAAUGCUUUGGCACACUAUGCUUAUGUCUGUGGCAAGCAUGGCGUCAUUGUUGACUUCAGAUCUCAUAUUUCUUACUGUGCUGUGAUGUGUCACAGUGGUAUGCUUUAUCAUCAGUGCUCUUCUUUUUGUAAACAUUCAUGUGCUUCACUUUCUAUGGCAAAUAUCUGUGCUGAUGACUGUGCAGAAGGAUGUAAUUGUCCUGAUGGGAAGUAUUUUGAAGAGUCGGUCAACUUCUGUGUAUCAAUAUCUGGCUGUCAUUGUCAUUACAAAGGCAAAGUCCUCCAGCCUGGAGAAAUCAUUCCUUCACCAACAGGCUCCUGUCAAUGUUUGAAUGGAACAGUGAAAUGUAUUGAAGCCACUACAGAAAAUAUAGUUCACAUAUGCCCUGAAGGAAAAAUCUACUAUGACUGCAGAUCUCCUGUGCCUGGAWUACCAGCAGCCGGUGUGAAUUGUGGCAUAUCUUGUGCAAACCUUGCCAUGAACUUCUCCUGUGUCCCCUCACCACCCUGUGCAAGUGGCUGCAUUUGCCCCUCUGGGAUGGCUGAGCAUAGAGGGAAAUGUUAUAUUCCUGACAGUUGUCCAUGCACCUGGAAAGACAGGGAAUUUCUGUCAGGAGAAGUGAUAGCUACUCCAUGUUACACAUGUGUUUGUCGGAGAGGCGUCUUCAACUGCACCAGUUACCCCUGUCCUUCUGUGUGCACCAUUUAUGGAGACCGACAUUAUUAUACCUUUGAUGGACUGGAGUAUGAUUAUGUCAGUGACUGCCAAGCUUACCUCGUAAAGAGCACAGAUAACUCAAACAUAUCUAUAAUUGCUCAGAACAAAAAGUGCUUUGACAAUGAUAUUGUUUGCUCGAAGAAUGUUUUCAUCACUGUUGGAGACACUGAGAUUUAUUUUAGCGAACCUUCUGAGAAGCAGAAGACCCUAGGGGCACAGGAAAACAAAUCUAACUAUCARCUCUGGAAGGCUGGAUAUUAUACUGUGAUACACUUUCCAGAACAGGACAUUACAAUUCUCUGGGAUAAGAAGACAAUGAUGCACAUUAAAGUUGGACCUCGAUGGAAGGGCAAAUUGGCAGGCUUGUGUGGAAAUUUUGACAAAUAUACUUCAAAUGAUCUGACUACAUCAAACAAUAUGGAGGUGAGAAAUGCACAGGUGUUUGGAGACAGCUGGGUGUUAGGACAGUGCAAGAGCCCAAAUGAAACACUGAGACCAUGUGAAGUCCAUCAGAGCAAGUUCCCUUAUGCCAAAAAGGAAUGCUCAAUUUUAUACAGUGAUCUAUUUGCACCUUGUCGCAACGUGAUUGAUGUGACUUCUUUYAUCAAAAAUUGUCACACAGAUACAUGUAACUGCAAUCUUGGUGGGGACUGCGAGUGUUUGUGUACCAGCAUUGCAGCUUAUGCCCACAAGUGCUGCCAGCAAGGAGUAGCGAUUCACUGGCGAUCCCCAUUGCUCUGUGCUUAUGACUGUGAAUAUUACAACCAAGGUCUUGGUGAAGGACCCUAUAUUUUGGCAAGUUUUGGUGUGAAUGACACAAUUAUAGGGGCUAAUGUAUCCAGCAGAAGGAUAUUUCCCCUGCCUAGAACCGGAGCACAUGGAAAUAUAAUUUUCAGUUUCAUGAUAACUCCAGGUCUUUUCAAAGAUAAAGAUUUAUGUAAGUGUUCUCUUGAAUCUGCUGAAAGACCGAACUACUUCCUGUAUGUACACGACAAUGAAACCAUUGGCUUGGAGCAGUGGCGGGCAAGUGCCUGCUUUCAGAGACGAGCCACCUUCUUCCACCACCAGGGUCUCUGGAGUCCAGGGCUCAGUGCCUUCGAACUGCACAGUAAAAAAGGCUUUUUCAUCAUUCUCACCUCAUCCAAUGUUAAAGCAGAAAAGUACGAUAAUUCAGAAGAAUUCAAACGUUUCAGUAGCUUUAGUAUUGAAGAACUCAGUGCUUCUGUGCCUUAUCGAAGGAUGUGUGAAUGGCGAUACGAAUCUUGUGCUAAUCCUUGUUUUAAGACAUGUAGUGAUCCUGAAGGAAUAGCAUGUAAAUUUCUUCCUCUGGUUGAAGGAUGCAUGCCAUACUGUCCCAAAAACAUGAUCCUUGAUGAGGUCACACUUAGAUGUGUUUAUCCAGAAGACUGCAUACCUAUGGCACCUACUGAAUCAGAAAUUGGACUGAAACCUUCACUGUUUGUCUCUCACAUGGAUGCUACCCUGGAGAGAUUUCCUCAGACAACUCCUUUAUUUGUUGCUUCAGGGAAUGAGUCAACUCACAUUGGUGUGACAGACAAAAUAACCAUGAAUGCAAACACAACUUCAAGAGGAAUGGAUGUGUCAGCACAGUCCAUUACAGACUUUUAUUCAUUGGAAACAUCUAAUGCAGCCACCUAUUCAACAUUUUCAUUACCAAGUACAGUGGAGCCUUCUGAUGUACUACACAGCACAGCCAGCCCUACUGUCCUUUCCAAACUCAUCUCUUCAACAAAUUUUCCAAUUCUUCUUCAAGCCUCAGCAGUCACAUCACAUAUAACUUUACCCAUUACAGUAGCAACUCCAACAACUCUGUUCAGUGCAAAUCCUAUUCCAACACAUUCUGCAUUAUUAACACCCACUUCUCUAGUGGUAGUUCCAUUUUCACUUAAAAUAUCAACCACUCAGCUAGGAGCAGUUCACCCUUCCUUAGCGCUAACAAGUUUAACCUCCAAGACAUCUUUUGUCACUUCUGAGCUGCCUGCAGGGAUUGGGAAGAGUCAAAGUCCUUCAAUAAGUCAUUCCAAGGGAGCAUACUCCRAAGUGUCUUUGUCAGGUUUGCUGGCUGAUAGAGCAACUUUCACAAGACUUUCUUCACAAGACCCUGUAUUUCUUCUAGGUCCACAAUUGACACUAAGCACAUCUGCUUCUCCUAGAUCUAGUUUGUCCAUUAGAACUAGGUCUGCCAUUGGUCAAACUGCAGUUUACCCGACACCCAUUUCUGCACUGACUUCAACUGUUCCUCAGAUUCGUAUGAUCGCUAGAUUUUCUAGCUCUGAGACAAGUUUUCCUCAAUUAAUCACAGUCUCUUAUUUUAAAACAGCAAAGCCCUUGUCUAAAACUUCUCUGAUAUCAUUAGAUGCAGCUUCUUCAGUUAAUUUUUCUCCAAAGCCAUUUUCAUCUUCAGUGAAAAUUUCAACGACUGUUCCCAGGCAGACAUCUCCAUUAAAAAAGGGCAGUAUUUCUGCUGCUCUGCCAACAAUGACUGUAUCUUCACCUCAAGUUGUUUCUCAAGUCACUAAAAACACUUCUGCAACAUGCACAGUAUCUACACCAGUGCAUUCUCUGUUUACCUCCUUGAAGCCCAAAUCUGUGGCAGAUGCCACCAUUGCCUCCAAAAGUCUUUAUAAAUUUCCUUCUGCUGCUUCCAAUCCUCUGGUCAAUUCAACAGUCUUUGAUAUAUCUGUAGUGGAUUUUACUAAAUUCACUUUAAAAACUGGUCUCUCUACCAGCCUUUCAGCAGCACUAAAACCAUCCUCUUUACUAAUACCUACAGCUUCUGAAGUCACUUUAGAAAGCCAGGCCUCUAUGCUUCCACCUCCUCCUAAGAGUACUCAUAUCUCUAAUGUUUCUCUAGGAAAACAGAGUUCUUCGAUAAGUUCUUCAGAAGAAGAUGGAACAUUCUCAGCCGUAUCAGCUGGAAUCAUCACUCCAUCCACUACACCAAUGAUCAUGAACACAACAGUGAAUGCUACAUCCUCAAAAGCACCUUAUAUUUUUGCAAAAAUUCUGCCUAUUUCUUCAGCCAGUUUAUUAGUUACUUCAGGCACUACCCUAGGCUCUAGGAUUACUACAAAAACCACUGAUUCUUUUGUUGUCAAUUUGGAUUUUUAUAUGGCUUCAGCUUCAGUUCCUACCACCAUAAAAACACACAAAUCUUUAUUUACAACUGCAGUAACUCAGGCUUCACAGAGCACUAGAGAAACUCCAAAAAUUAAAAUCAUGAAAACAACUGGUACUACAAGUCCAUUAUCACAGAAGAAGAGUACCUCAUACAUAGCAUCAGAAGUUAAAUACACAACUUCAUUUGAAAAAACUGUGGAUAUUUCAGAAGGUGGUCAGACUUCUCAUGAGCAAAGAAAUGCUACCAAGACAAAGACAACCACAACUGACAAAUCUUCCCAACCUUAUUUGCCAGUAACUGCAGUUGAGAGUUUGCGUUUUUCAAAAAAUACAACCCCAGUCAAAAAUAUCUCUAUUUCUGGAGUCCAGGGGGUGACAACAUCAGAUAGGUCCAAAAUCCCAUCACAGAAACCCAUUACACCUUAUUUUAGUGUAACAAAGGCCAUAGAGCCGCAAACCAGAAGUGUAAUAGAUUUGUCUCAUUCUAGUGGUAGAAUGGCUCUGCCUUCCUUUUCAGAAACGACAGCUGUAGCUGACAAGGCUUACUUUGGCACCAUGAUGCAUACACUGAUGUCUACAUCUUCUGAGUGUGUGCCAAGAUACCUCGAACCUGUCGACAAAUGUAGCCAGUAUGUGUGUGUUAAUAUGGGUUGGAUGUUGUACAAUCUUUCAAGGAACUGCCCUAAGGAUGUGCAGAAGCCAGACUGUGGUUUUCGAGGAAUGCCAGUUCAAGUCAACACUGAUAGCUGUUGUCCAGAAUGGGAAUGUCCCUGUCAGUGUUCUGUACUGUCUGAACUGAGUGUCAUUACGUUUGAUGGAAACAACGUAGCCCUCUGUAAUAUGGCUUCCUAUGUUUUAGUCAAGUUACCAGGAGAAAUUAUUGUUGCUCAUAUUGAAAAAUGUCCCACUAAUCAGAGUGCAAAUUCAAUCAGAAAACUAGUGCCACCUGCAAACACGUCAGGGCUUUGUUUUAAGAAAUUAAAUGUCACAACACGCACAAGUCAAAUACUUAUCAAUCGUUUAGCAAGAAAAGUAGUCGUGGAUUCUGUGAUUCAGCUAUUACCAUUUGCAAAAGAGGGGCUGAGUAUUCAGGAUACUGGUGCAAUAUAUGUCGUUAAUACCCCAGCUGGUGUUAGCAUCAAGUGGGCUCAUGUUACAGGCAUCAUAGAUAUACAGUAUGGAUUACACUCCAACACUUCGAGGGAGACAGAAGGACUUUGUGGGGUGUGUAAUGGAGAUCCUAGUGAUGACCUGAAAAUGCAAAACAUGACCAUAAUUACAAAUAUGGAGGAAAUUGAAAUGUUCAUUAAGAGUUGGGAAAUUGAGAAAUCACUUGAUGUAACAACCAGGAGGCCUGUAAGAGACUGUACUGAAGAUAACUGCACAUACUGUAUGGAACUGUUAAAUAGAGACAUUUUCAUCCCUUGUCACAACAAAGUGUCACCACAGGAAUUUUGUGAGAAGAUGUGGAUCAACAGUACCUUUUUUUGGAAUUAUGAGUGUGAUGCACUUUCUGCAUAUGUGGCUUUGUGCAAUAAGCACAACAUCUGCAUUAAAUGGAGGACACCUGAUUACUGUUCACUGAGUUGCCCUGAGGGCAAGGAAUAUCAGCCUUGUGUGCAACCUUGUGAAGCCAAGACAUGCUUGAAUAAGUGGUUCUAUGAAGAUUCUCCCUGUUCCUAUUUAAGAGAAGACUGUGUGUGCAAAAAUGGCACCAUUCUGCAUAGAACAGAGUCUGACCUCUGCAUACCAGAAGAAAAAUGUACAUGUACAGAUAAUAAAGGACAGCCCCGCUCAGCUGGGGAGAUCUGGAAUGGGUCCAUGAGAGGCUGCUGCAUGUACAGGUGUUUAGAAAAUGGAAACAUUGUUGCAGUAGAACCUGAAUGCAAUGAGGAUCCAUCACCAGUCUGUGAAAGAGAAGGGGAAGUUCUCCUGCAUGUCAUUGAAGAGAGAGCUUGCUGUCCCAAGAAARUUUGUGAGUGUAACAUGUCAUCAUGUCAUGCCGUUAUUCCAACAUGCCAACCCAAUGAAAAAUUAGUGGUAGGCUACCAUCCCCUGUCCUGCUGUCCACAGUACCGAUGUGAAUGCGAUCCUUCUGUUUGUUUUAAUGCCUCCCAGCCAGACUGCAGAGAAGAUCAAUUUAUUGUUGAAGCAAAACAGGAAGAUCCCUGUUGCUUCUCUCGUCUCUGUGUUUGUGAAUCCUGUAUUGAGCCUGUUCCCUUGUGUAAUGAAGGGGAAAUUCUCACUGUGGACCUUAAUACCAUACACUACUGUUGUCCUCAUUAUUACUGCGUUUGUGAUGAAAAUCUUUGUUCUGCACCUCCUGUGAUUUGCACAGAUGACAUGACACCUGUGAAGGAAAAAAUUCUUGGGCAAUGUUGUCCAGAAUGGCACUGCGAAUGUAGUUGUGAAAAUGCUACUAUACUGACCUGUAAAUUGGGAGAAGUUAAAAAAAUAGAUAGCAGUGUUUCCAGUGCUUGUGGAUGCACUCACUACAUUUGUGAGAAGGAUGAUGUGUGCAUCUUUCAAGAGGUCACAGUACUGAGUCCGGGACAAUCAGUGAUUCAGCACUUGGAUGGAGACUUUUGUUACACUGUACAGUGUUUACAAGAAAAAGAUCAGAACACAGGAUACAAUGCUAUGCAUUUCACAAUGAUGAACUGUUCACAGAAAUGUGAAGCUCAUCAAGUAUAUAUUCCUUCUUUCAGUCAUGAUACUUGUUGUGGUACGUGUCAAAAUGUGUCCUGCUCUUUUCAUACAGAGAAUGGAACGCUGGUUGUGUAUGAGGAAGGAAGCACCUGGACCUCCAACUGUACCAACUAYAAAUGUGCAAAGACUGCUGCAGGGGCCAUUGUACUGGGGUCAAGUGUUGUCUGCCCCCCGUUUAAUGACACUGAGUGUACAAAGAAUGGAGGAAUAGUGCAGACGUAUAAUGAUGGCUGCUGCAAGACCUGCAAAAAGGAAGAAAGGAUUUGCCAGAAAAUGACAAUCAGGACAACCAUAAGAAAAAAUGACUGUAUAAGUCAAAGCCCGGUAAAUGUGGCUUCUUGUGAUGGAAAAUGCCCUUCUGCAACAAUUUUCAAUGUCAAUAUUGAUAGCCAUCUAAGAUUCUGUAAAUGUUGUCGAGAAGUUGGAACACGAGUCCUGACUGUGCCAUUGCGCUGCUCAGGAAAUGGCACUGAAAUCAUGUACGUCAUUCAAGAGCCCAUAGACUGCUCCUGCCAGUGGAACUGAACAUUACUGUGGAUAUGAUUUGGCUUUCACCAGACAGUUUUUUGAUCAUAGAUGGCUGUAGU